AUGGCUACAGUUGGAUCCGUUCAGGACUAUAUUAGUACCCACCAGCUUGCCGACUACAGUAUCAGUGAUGUCGGAUGGAUCACAGCGGUACUCGUGUUUUUGACUUUGUUCCUAGGAGUGCAGGUCGGGCCUCUCUUCGAUACUUACGGACCGAGAGUCCUCCUGAUUUGCGGGAGUCUCGCCAGUUUUGCGUGCUAUAUGCUCUUAGCAGAAUGCACGCAGUAUUGGCACUUCAUGCUUUGUCUUGGGAUUCUAGGGGGUGUCUCGUCUGCGGUCAUCACCACCGUUUCGAUUUCGGUUCUUAGCCACUGGUUUUAUCGCCGCCGUGCACUGGCGUCUGGAAUAUGCAUGGCAGGCUCCUCGACCGGUGGGGCGAUCAUUCCCUUACUUCUGCGAACACUCUUCCAGAAGUAUGACUGGCUGUGGGCAAUUCGCAUCAUUGCGUUCAUGGCUCUGGGAUGCUAUGCACUAGGUGUACUCUUGGUGAAGGGAAGACUGCCCCCUAGUAGCAAAAAGAGGGUAGCGAUCGAUAUUCGAGCGCUGGCUUCACCCCGUCUUUGCUUCCUUGCCACCGCUGUCUUCUCAUUUGAGUUUAUUAUUUUUGGUUGCGCGGCGCUGCUCCCUACUUAUGUGCGCUAUGCCAAGUUCUCAGAGGAUAUCCAGUUCUACUCCCUGACACUGCUGAAUGCAAUGAGUCUGUUCGGCAGAGUCCUGCCCGGUUUCGCUGCCGAUCAGGUCGGGAGAUUCAACAUACUGCUACGUAUCAAAUGUGAUGAGCAUAGACCCUCCUGUCUACGAUGUGUCGCAUCGAAAAGGAUCUGCGAGGGCUACCCGACCCCUUUGCAGCACAGCCUUUCUCCAGAUUCUCUAAAUGACGAGGAACGACGAGCUUUCCUCUUCUUCCGAAGCCGCACUUCGCGCCAGAUCUUUGGCUACCGCGAUGUAGACGCAUGGCUAUCAACUCUUCUGCAGCUUGGACACUGCGAAAUGCCGAUCAAGCAUGCCCUCACAGCGCUCGCAUCAUUACAUGAGAGCCUGGAACCAGUGGAUUCCUGCGUCUCUAUUCGCCGAUCAAAAAAACACGCUCAGAUCGCGGCUCAAGUGUUGGCCCUGAAACAUUAUACUUCAGCCAUCAAGUCUGUGCAAACUGAAACCCCGGACAUGUCCUCAAGACCGGAUGUCACCAUGACCCUGUGUCUUCUAUUUAUCUGUUUCGAGCAGUUUCGAAGCGGCGAUGCCGCCUGUCUGAUCCAUCUGACAGCCGGCCUGAAGCUGAUAUAUUGGUGGAGACAACAUACUAAUGUCUAUAGCAAUCUCCGAGAAUAUUGUCGACCGGCGCGAGAUCUCAUCAAUGACCAAAUAACGCCUGUCCUGCAACGGCUGCGCGUGCAGUUCUCUUUAUGCAGGGACUCUCGACAUGCACUCAGAGACUCUGGGGUUCCGCUUUAUUUACCACCUCCGACUAUUCCAUCAUCUUACUCUUCCCUUGAUAAUGCCCGGAAGGAUUAUGACCGUGCAAUGAAUUACGUCUUUUCCUUUCUGGAGCGUGACCAACCCGCAGACAGCCAAUCACCGCAACAAACGCCUAUCACUGUCCUUCGGCAGUGGAAAGCAGCCCUGGAUCAUUCCGAUUUUUCAGCGGAACCCCCUAUGAUCGAAGAGUGCACACACAAACUGUUGGAGCUCUAUUAUCAUGUCUCCACCGUCAUUAUUGAAACAUAUGGUGCCGAGUCUGAGAGCGUUUUCGAUAGCUUCACCGAGAGGUUCCAGGUUAUCGUCGACCUUGCCGAAAGCAUCACCAAAAUCUGGAAGAUACAGUCACAGGAUUUCAAUAUAUUGUUCAGCUUCGAUCUCGGUAUCACGCCGCCGAUGUUCUUCGUUGCUUCCCGCUGUCGUCAUGGUUUGAUACGACGGAAGGCGGUUGAUCUGAUGCUCCAUUCUCCGUUCUACCACGGUGCUUGGCAGGAUCGAUACUCUGGUCUUUGUGCCCAGCGAAUGAUUGAGAUUGAAGAAGAAAAUAUCGGAGCUGGUGUGGAUGAUAUCAAUGUGGAAGAGAGCCGUCGUAUUCGGAAGAUCUCUGCUGAUUUACAAGAGAACGGGCUAGAAAUUGUCAUGCAGUUCACUCGAUGGCCGUUCGUCUCAAACUCUCCGGUUCAUACGACUUCGAUUUCUGUGAUAUAA